CAGUCGUUUGUCAUGAUUUAAACAAUGCAGUCGCUUAUGUGUUGUUCGUCGUGAAUGUUUCACAUUUUGGUGAACCAAAGUCAUCUGACACAAAUUUCACUGUGAUUUUAUUGUUGGUUGCACGAAAACACGUUUUACAUUUUAUUACGACAAUAUUUUACGCAUUUAGUGGUGGAACGAUUAAUCGAUUUUUUUUCUUUUGAUAACUUUUGUGCAUCAAGAUCCACUUGGCAUUUUGAUGUGAUAAGAUGUGGGAAUUUUCGCAAGAUUCCGUUACAGAGCAAUUGAAAGUUGAUCAAGCAUUGCUCAACGUAAGCUCAACAUUGGAUGAUAAUUUGUGGCUUUAUCAACUCUCGAGUGAAUGUGUUGCGUGUCCUUAUAAAAAAUUAAAGAGAAUCCCGGCACGAAGCUAUAUCGUUGAACGAAUCAAUACAGCAACCCAACUUAAAUGGUCAUUAUAUAAGUCUAAUAUUGGCCCAUAUGCGUUUGAAAACACCACCGCACACUGUGUUAUUAGUCCGGACAAUUUAGGCCAAUUUGGCAUUUACAAUUUGACUAUCGACGAUAAAGGCUGUUCGUUUAACACACAUCAAACGCCAGUCAAUCGAGAUUUGUCGAUAAUAUUGGUGUUGGUGUUUAUUGCAUUGGUAUAUGUGGCAUUUACACUGUUACAAAGUGGCCGACAAUAUUGGUUGAAGCGACAAAAUACAACCGCUUCAACGAGUCAACUCGAUGGUGAUGCAACAGUUGCAGCGGUUAAUGCGUCCAUUCAAAAGAAUACAUCGCAACGAUUGCGUAGUUUGGAUGCAUUUCGCGGUUUGGCCAUUGUGACGAUGAUUUUUGCAAAUAGUGGAUGUGGUAAAUAUCAUUGGUUGGAACAUGCAAGUUGGAAUGGCAUACAUCCGGCUGAUUUUAUAUUCCCAUCAUUUCUAUGGAUUAUGGGUGUUUGCAUUCCAAUUUCGUUAAAGUCACAGUUUGCAAAAAAUAUCCCGCGAUCGGAUAUUCUUAGCAAUAUUUUUGUUCGAUCUGUUAAGCUUUUUUUCAUCGGUUUGCUAAUUCACACUGCGCAUGGCCCAGACAUACGUGACAUUCGCAUCAUGGGCGUACUACAACGAUUUGGAAUUUCUUAUCUCGUAGUUGCUUCGCUGCAAGUUCUACUGCGAAAACAAGUGGCAAUCGAUUCAGAGGAGCGUUCACGUUCAUGGCGAAUCUCAUUCCUUGAUGUCACAUCAUUGUCGUCUCAAUGGAUCAUAAUGCUUGUCAUAACGGCUUUUCAUUUAAUCGUAAUUUUCUUUAUACCGGUGCCAAAUUGUGGCGUGGGCUACCUUGGACCUGGUGGCAUUCACGAAAUGGGACGUUUCAAUAAUUGUAUUGGCGGCGCAACAGGGUACGUUGAUCGAUUGAUAAUUGGUACAAGACACUUGUAUCAAAGACCACGCGCUACUGCGAUCUACGACGAACGAAUGCCAUUCGAUCCGGAAGGUCCGUUUGGAUGCUUGUUAACAAUCGUCCAAGUUUUCUUUGGAGUUCAAUGCGGCAACACAUUGUUGUUAUUCACAAGACCCAUUGAUCGUUUGAAGCGAUUUUUGAGUUGGAGUAUCAUCACAUUUUUACUCGGCGGCUGCUUAUGCCAAUUUUCUAUCAAUGACGGCCUGAUUCCAAUCAACAAAAAUUUAUGGUCACUUUCAUUUGUUCUGGUCACGACUUCAGUAGCAUUUUUAAUUCUAUCCAUUUUUUAUGUCAUUAUUGAUGUGAAGUGCUAUUGGAGCGGCAAACCGUUAACGUUCGCUGGGAUGAAUGCAAUUCUCAUGUACAUUGGUAGCGAAUUGUUUGGGCGAAUGUAUCCGUUUUAUUGGCAUUUUAACGGCAUGAAUACUCACUUUAUGUUCUUAUUGUCAAAUUUGUGGACAGCUGCGGCAUGGACAUUUGUUGCUUAUUAUUUAUAUAUACGUAAUUUCUUUUUCUCAUUGUAAUAUAGACAUUUAAGUAGAGAAAAAAAGAGACUGCACUUUUUUUAGUGC